AUGGCCCGGGUGCGAGAGGAAAAGGGCGCUCUUGUUACGAAGCACCAUGGAAAGGGCUCCUUGGAACAUGCUGCUUGGCCAGAGCACCCAGAGGUGCUGUGUCUAAUAUGUGGUGGAAAAGGGGCUUGGAGCGGCCAGCCAAUCAAAGCGCUAGUGUCACGUGGACGAGUCGUCGCUUCCUCUGCCAAGAACGCGGUUGCCUAUUUCAUCCAGACCCAAAAGGGCUCAAAUGUGAAGGUCUUUGCAACUGAGACCCAGACCGUUGAAGCCUGGCUGUGUCUUCGGAUCAAGCACAACCAACAUCGGCCUUCUCUGAGGACUGUACUGGAUCAGAGCCCGUUCCGGUUAUACCUCGAUGAGGGUAUGAUCAUUGUUUUCUCAUCACGAACUCCCGUCAUGGAAACCAAAGAUAUGGUGACAUCAGGUGUUCUUUUCCUUGCGUCGAGAGCCGUUAUUGAGGUUAAUACUUUGGAUGAAAAUGACCUUUUGCCAAUCCAACCACCAGGACUGUGGAUUUCAGACCAGAUGGCCAAGGGGCCUUUUCGAAGAACGUGA